AUGGAUAUCGAUCGUCCCCUCGAUGACAUAAUUAAGAAGCGAAACAAAGGUGGUCGACAGCAGCAGCAACAACAAAGGAAAUCGCAACAGAAAAACCAGCGAGGCAAUAGCGCCAAAAAGCAAUCCAACAAGAAUCAGAACAAGAAUGCGGGUGGCAAUGGAAGACAACGACGCAAUGACAAGCUCAAGAACGGCAACAAUGUCAAUCUCGGCGUAAGCAACAAGUCAAAAAAGUCGAUUGGCAAGGCAUCAGCAUCACGUCCUAACACCAAUAUCUCAUCUCGUCUGGGCCAACAACCCAAGCAAGAAAAGACCAACAAGACCCCAAUUGAUCCAGCCAGCAUUGUCAUUACCAAGAAGGUUUCUCGCCGGAAUAACAACAUGAACAGCAACAGCAACAACAACAACAAACAACUACCAUCCAUGAUUCGAGGUGUGGGUCAUAACAAUGCACAACAAAGUGUGAUGCAUCGUGGACUUUCGAUCCGUGGCGCUUCGUAUGGUGCAUCCUCUUCUUUUGGUUCCCCGAUGGGAUCAUCCAUGGGUGGUGGUAAUAUUCAUGGCAUCAACAUUCGAGGAGAAUCAGGCCCUGCUACGGUGGUCAUUAGCAAUUUGGAUCCUUCUGCCAAUGCAGAGGACAUCAGGAUGAUCUGUGCCCAAUUUGGACAAGUGGCCCAUUGUGAAGUAUUGGUGGAUAGGACAGGACGAUCCUUCGGUGAAGCAGAGAUCGAAUUUACUCAAAAGAGUGCUGCAUUGGAGUGUAUCAACAAGUUGGAUAAUGAAGUGGCUGAUGGCCGUAUUUUACGAGUUACAUUACGCCAUCGACCUACUAUGGUAUCCUCGAAUUACAUGAACCAAUCUGUUCGAUCCGUGAUUGCCCCCACGCGUUCAGGAUUUACUUCAGCACAUUAG